UAUUCUGUGUCAGUUUAAUAACUUUUAUUUUUUUGGGAAAUGAGAUUUCAAACAAAUCACUGAGUUCUCUCUCUCUUUCACAUUUAUUGCAUUUUUUUUAAUUUCACUCACUCAUUCACUCACUCUCCUAGGGUUUUCACUUCUCUUUGCAAAUUCUGCUCUUUUCCUCUUUGUGUUCUGCUAAUUUAUGCCUUUCCUCAUAUGUCACAUUCAUCUCUUUUUCUUUGAUUAAGUCCUCUUCAGAACUUCAAUGUUGGAAAAGAUUGUGCAUGCAAAAUCUGAUCUUUCUAUGUUUUAUGUCAAAGAUUUGAUCGAAAAAGUUUAAAGUAUUGGGUUGAGUUUAGGAAUUAGGAUAGUUUGUUUUUGAAAGGUGAGGUGGUAAAGUAUGGAUUUUUUGAAGAUAAAAAAAUUUAGAAAAUCUCAGAAAGCAGACAUAAAAAAAGAUUUGGCAGAGAAGGCAGUGUUGGAGCCUGACGAACUGAAGCCUAAUAGUGGUGGUCCUGAUCAGUGUAAAUCAGAAAAUGCAGAUUCUGCCGGUGAUGCUGAGGAUGACGAUGAUUUUAUUACAAAUGAGGUAAAGAGGAGGCUGAAGGAAUUGAGAAGAAACAGUUUUAUGGUGUUGAUUCCUGAAGAAGAUUCGUGUCUGGAGGAAGGGGAGGAUGAAGAGGAUGAGGGUGAGGCGGUCUCAAAUGAAUGGAGGGAUGUGGAGGCAGAAGGUCAGCAAUGGUGGCGAGGUUUUGAUGCUGUUUUUGAAAAGUACUGUGAAAGAAUGCUAUUCUUUGAUCGGAUGAGCGUGCAACAUCUUAGUGAAAUUGGAAAAGGUUCUCAGAACACUUCAACUCCAUCUCCAUCUCCACGAUCUACAUCAAAGAAGCUGGCUUCUCCCCUUCGUUGUCUUUCUUUGAAAAGAUUUGAAGAGCCUGACGAUGAGACUGAACAUCUUCAACAUCCCGAGAACAAUCCCUACCAGGAUAUUGAAACGGCUUAUGUUGGUCAAAUUUGCUUGACUUGGGAGGCUCUUCAUUGCCAAUACUCUCAUAUGAGUUAUAAGAUAUCUUGGCAACAUGAAAAUCCCACGUGUUACAACCGUAGUGCACAGGAGUUUCAACAGUUCCAGGUUCUAUUGCAAAGGUUUAUUGAAAAUGAACCUUUCGAGCAGGGCCUUCGACCUGAAAUUUAUGCUCGCACAAGGAAUACUUUGCCUAAACUGCUUCAGGUCCCUAAUAUACGAGGUUCAGAUCAUGAAUUAACAGAUGAUUCAGAUAUGAGAGUUCUUGCUCCAGAUCUUAUCGGGAUAAUUGAAAACUCUAUCCUUACUUUCCACCUUUUCCUGAAAAGGGACAAGAAAAAGUCAAGUGGCGUUAGCAACCUGUUUGGAAAUCAGAAUCAGCUUGCAACUCCUCUACAACAGGUUCAGUCUACUCUUGAGAAGAAAGUGGUGAAACUGAAGGAACUGCGAAGAAGGAAGAAGGGUUGGAGAAAAAAUUCGUGGCCCCAAAAGCACGAGGACAUUCAACUAUUGCUUGGCCUGAUCGACGUGAAAAUCAUAUCGAGGGUUCUGAGAAUGACAAGGAUGACUAGAGAACAACUGUUUUGGUGUGAAGAAAAGAUGAAAAAACUUGAUUUAUCAAAUAGUAGGUUAGAGAGGGAUCCAUGUCCCAUUCUAUUCCCUUGCUAAUUGCAAUCUUUAGUUCUUUCUGCUAUGAAUGGUAAUUAUGUAUGAGUAUGACAAUGAAAGCCUUUUCUGCUAUAUCAAAUGUAUUAUUUUUCUGUCAUAUUUGUGAGUUUCUAGGUUGUUUUUUGUUGUAUAAUUCUGGUUAUAACAAAAAGUGUCAAAGAUUAUUCUUGUUGCUUCUUAGAUUUAUGAUA